AUGGUUAGCCAUAGAUUGGAUGAUAAGAUAUAUGCCGUUAAAAGAGUGCAAUUUGAAGACUUUAGUGAAGAAAAGAAAAAUCAAAUCCACCGAGAAGUGAAUAAUUUGGCAAAACUGGACUCAGAAUUUGUGGUCAAAUAUUACAACUCAUGGCUUGAGUCCAAUCAUCUCUUCAUUCAAAUGCAAUUCUGUUUACAAAGUCUUAAAUCUGUUCUCAAAGACAAACCCAUUGUCUUCGGGAGACAACCGGAAGACCAGAUGAAUGUCUUUGAAUAUUUUAUUUCAUGCGAAAUAUUCAAAGAGAUCUUAGAGUGCGUCCAAUAUCUUCACCAAUCGGUUCCGGCAGUCAUUCAUCGGGAUCUCAAACCCGAUAAUAUAGUGAUUAAACACAACAUUAAGUCCAAUCGGUUUAUAAAACUGUGUGACUUUGGUUUAGCUGUCGAUCACAACAUCACUGAAAGCACUUCUAGUCGAUGCGAGCACUCAAUUGUGGGCACAAGAAAAUAUAUGGCUCCCGAAGUAUACAGCGGUAUAUAUAGCCAAAAAGCAGACAUUUAUAGUCUCCAUGUUAUCGGUCAAGAGUUGUUUGGCAUUGAUGUUCAGGACUCACAAUCGUCUGAAACUAAUGAACAUUUUCUCAAAUUACCGCUAAAAUGUAUGUAUCGGACACUCGUGGCAAUGAUGUCAACACCCAUUAGUAGUGAUAGGCCUGAGUGUCGGGAAGUGUUGGCCAAACAUAACGAGUGGUCUAUUGAUAAAAGUGUUGUCAUAAAUCAUCAAGAAUUCAAUUCAAAAUAA